CAAGUGUGAAAUCACUAGCGUUGAAAAUUUCCUAAGCUCACAGCACCCGCCCCCUUGGAACCCCAACCAUCCUGCUUUCUCUUCGCACCACUAGUCUCUCGCCUACGAAUCCCGUCUGACCAAUGGCGAAACCACCGUACCCGGGUACCUGUACUCGUACACCGCGAACCAAGAGGUCACAACACGUACCACAAUGAACCCCUGCGAGCCGUAGUCCACCCGGAUACGAGCCGGCACCGGUGAGACUCCCUUUUUUGCGAGACUCCCCAACUCUUCCGUCGACCGUCCGUACUCGAGUACACAUAACUUAGCGUUUUAUGUAGCUCGAGCAAUCGGCCCCAGUCUUCCCAAGAACUCUGUGGGAACAGGUGCUAAUAUCGGAGCACUCAUGGUAAGCACUUACGCCGGUAAUAAAUCACUUAGUCUGAUUGCAGCGAUAGGUUCCAGGUCCAAUGCCCCCCUAGACAGUUGGGUUUGCCCAUUUAUGGCAAUGUUAGAGAUCAGAAACGAACGGUUCAUCAAGUACUAGUGCAUAUGCAUGCUUUGUGAUUUGACUCGAUGUCCUAUUGUCGGCAGAGGCUUUCCUUUCUCUCGUUCGGCUCGGGUUUGGGACCACUAUGGCUGGCGUUUCUUUCUUUCCGUUUCCGGGACUGCGGCCAGAUGUUGUCGCCCCUUGAAAAAUCGGCCGCACUGGAUGAUAAAUAGCCUCCUCCUGUGUGCAGAUAUACUGGGGUUCUUGGUGGGGCCCGCAUUACCGGUUUCCUUGUACUGGCAGUGCAUUGAGUUGAACUUGCUCUCAUGUGCACCGAGAACCCACACCAUGUAUGAGGGGAACUCCCUGGCUGGAGUAAUGCGAUCGGCAUCUUGAGAGAGAUGUGCGAAUAGAGUGAGAAUGUAGCGCGGGGUUAGCGGGGCCAUGGAGUUGUUUGGGCGCAGCAAGUUGUUCCCGGCUAAGACUAAGCAUCCAGCAGCUCGUGACCUUCGCGGAGAAAAAGGUAAACUUCCGUCUGUAGCUACCGAAGCGCGGAACGCCAGAGGUAGUCCUGAGGGGGUGCGCGGUAUUUGUGAGAACAUUCCGGGCCUGGGAGUUAGUUCAGAAUGCUGCAUGCUAGACUCGGCGGGGUGAGGUAAAUGUAAGACGAGCCAGCUC